GAGAAGACCACCUCAGCAGAUGAUACCCGUGGUGUAGACGCUCCGGUGAGUGAUAUUCUAGAGCGGAUUGCGCUCAGUGACGUUUCAACUCAUCUCAUUUUGAAUGAGUUUUUGUUGGCAGCUGGGACUGAUUCUAAUAAAGCUGGAAAUGCUGCUCUCAGUGAAGAUGGAGGAAGGUCAGACUGGGAUAAUAUUUUAUACGGGGUAUUUCGCCCUUCUCGGACUGAUGUAGAACUUUUAUCAUGGGUUUAUCUGAGGAAAGACAGACUCCGUCGGGGAAUGGAGAUUUUUCAAAAGCUAAAGAAGGAGUUUGAUCUCUACCAGAGCUUCUGCGAAGAGAAAUUUAAGCAUCAGUGCUAUAUGGAAGCUUUCAGUGAUCUUGAAGAUCUCUGUCUUGAAGAAAUUGGGAAAAGGGAACAGGACUCUGUGGAAUACGUACCUCAUCAAAGUUGGGAGGCUGUCUUGAGGAAGCGGCAGGAAGAGCUUGCGGAAAGAAAAGAUGAUCCAGUUCUCAUCGAGAUUGGGCGGGAUGCUAUUUCAACUGUUCUUAAAGAAUAUCAGGCUUCGGAUGUUACGUCCAACAACAAGGAGGAUUUGAGAAUUCAGGACAACCUGCAUCAAGUUGACGAGAGACUAGUAAUAGUAAUCGGAAAACAAAAGCUGUCUUCAGAUCUGGAGACGAGUAGAUUUGAUGCAAGGAUCAUGCAGAAGCUUGAUGCUAUGCAGCAGUUGGAACGUGAGCUUGAGGUCAUCUGCGGCUUUGAUUAUCGGGAAGUUAUGUUACUUCUCGUGAAGAAGUUCGUGCGGGUACGUUUGGAGGAUAUAGCACGCAAAGAUGCCAAAGAGAAAUCUGAUGCUGCCAGUGAAGCACUUUUACUGGAGCUUGAGCUUGAAGCCAAAAGCAAUGUCAACAAAAGAGGAGGUGAUGAUUCAAAACAGAUACAGGCAAAGCCAAAGAAAACAGAAGAAGAAGAAAGGAUUAUAGAAGAACUAAGAAUCCAGAGGUUUUCAGUUGUGUUGGGUCUGGUUCCGUUUCUUUUAUUAGGACCGCUUUCAUUUGAUACCUGCUAAUCUGUUUUUUUUUUUAAAAAAAAAAAUCUUUUUCGGGGCGUUGGUCGUGACAAAGAGACUGUCAGUCAUCAGGAAACUAAAGAACAAGCCCACUGAAAGUGUUGAUGAACUGAAAGAACUAGAAGAGGAGCUUGAAGCAGCUGAAAGAAAGCUUGCAGAAAAGCUUGAGUAUCAAAUUCGAAUAGAAAAUGAGGCUAAACAGAAACGCCUCGCAGACAAAUCUGAGGGUUCUUCAGUGGGCUUGCAUGCAGGAUCUGUUGAGAGGACUGCAGUCCCUGGUGCAACAGACCAAGGAAUUUCAGAGGAUAGUCUUUCACCAAGUGAAAGGCAAGCUCAUAGUCAGAACCUUGCCAGUGAUGGACAUUCCCAAACCUUAUUUGAGAACGAACACCAUGAGAACAACCCUUCUCAAAUCGAUGAGGAAAGAUUCGAAGCUGACCUUACAAAAGCUAUGCAAGAGAGCCUUGGUAAAUAUCAUAUCACUUUACACAUCCUUGUAUACUCUC